UUCCCCGGCCACGUAGGCCCUAUUGAUUUCAACUAAGUUAAUCCACAAAGCUGUGACCGAAAAAUCAUUUGAAUAAACAGAACAAUUGUUUAAAUAACUGUAAACAUUCAGCAAAACUCAACCAUUUGGGAAGAAAUCUGAAUCAAGACAGAGCAUCUAGCUUAGGAUUUGAAUGAGUAAACUUAGUGCAAUGAGGAUGAAUACGUGUUUAAUCCAAGCGUUUGUUUUGGUAACGUUGGCGACCGCCGUAAUUUCGUCAAGCGCUAGUAGCAGCAGCAAAGAGAAGAGCGAGGGUGAGAAAUGUGGAAUAAUAAAAAAGAAUGGUGACUUCAAAGCAAACGGUGUAUGUGAGGAAGGUACAAAAUGCCUGUGUCCAGAAGAUCCGAACUGCAGCGGAAAGGUCAAGUGCUACUGUGAAGUACAAACAACAAUGGGUACAAUGCCAACAGAAACAACAACGAUUGCUCCUAUAACAUUUCCUAUAAUAACAUUUCCAUCAAUAAAUAAGAAAUAGCAUCAGAUCGCCUUUCCGCUACACUGUACGAAAAAGAUUAAAUAAAAUGUUUAAUCUGUGAA